GUGAAUGAAGAAUCCGCUAUCCAAUUGAGGCACUGCCGUUGUCGAAAACAGCAACAUUGUUUCCUUCUGUAGACAAAGGUUUCUCGACAACCCGAUAAAUUACUGAAUAGUCAUCCAGUUCUGUGGCUUCUUGGUGAAGACAUGGAAAAACAACCGCGGUUGUUGACAUCCCAACUCCUACAGAAAAACAGUUUAUUCGAAGUGUCGUUAAACCGUGUGCUUCUGACAUGGAAAGAGAUUGCGACCAAGAAACAACGCGUUUCUGGGGGCAUACAUCACCCAUUUAAAGUCGGUACCAGUCACGGUGUGUCAGUGUCUGAGAUCCUAGCAGUCAGGGAGCUCGACGUGGACAGCGGGACGAAAGAUGACGGCAGGUGGCAGAAAAUGCCUCAGAAAUCGACCGAGGCCUAUCCAUAUGCAUUCACAGUGUCCUACGUGGAGAGAGCGUGGCAGCACCGCUGGCGGUGUAGUGACGUCACCUUUCACUGCCUAGAGGGGGCGCUGUGUCAGCAGUGGGUCCAGACCAUCAGAGAGCAGCUCACAGCAUUGACCAGCAGACCCAAGCAUUUGCUGGUGUACAUCAACCCCUAUGGGGGCAAGCAGCAAGGCGAGCGUAUUUACGAGCAGAAAGUCGCCCCUCUCUUCACCCUUGCCUCCAUCUCCACGCACGUGAUUGUUACAGAGCAUGCCAAUCAUGCCAGGGACCACCUGAGGACAGAGGCUGAGUUGAAGAAAUAUGAUGGAGUGGUGUGUGUGGGCGGGGACGGCAUGUUCAGUGAAAUGGUUCACGGCCUUGUCUCCCGGACCCAGAGGGACAACGGCGUGGACCAGAACAGCCCGGAGGAGAAGCUGGUACCCUGUACUCUGCGCAUCGGCAUUAUACCCGCAGGUUCAACGGACUGCAUCUGCUAUGCAACUGUAGGCAUCAACGACCCUGUGACCUCGGCCUUACACAUCAUAGUGGGAGAUGCCCAACCAAUGGACGUAUGCUCGGUCCAUCACAACAACACAUUCCUGAGGUACUCUGUGUCCCUGCUUGGGUACGGUUUCUAUGGCGACGUGCUGGCAGACAGCGAAAGGAAACGGUGGAUGGGACCAGCCAGAUACGACUUUUCAGGUUUUAAGACGUUUCUCACACAUCAUUACUAUGAAGGGACUGUGUCUUUUCUACCAGCAACGGACAUAUUGGGAACUCCACGAGACAAGACCAGGUGUAGAGCUGGGUGCUUCAUAUGCCAACACAACGGACAGCUGUAUUCCGAGGAUGCCCCAGAGAUUUGCGAGACUGAUCCAGAUGUUUCAGACAGUGGUAAAAUACAAAGGGGGUGGCGGGUGAUCAGAGGGAAGUUCCUGGCCAUCAACGCGGCCAGUAUGAGCUGUGCCUGUCCCCGUAGCCCCAAGGGCCUGUCCCCCGCUGCCCACCUCGCUGACGGCACCACCGACCUCAUCCUCGUACGCAAGUGCUCUCGAUUCAACUUCCUGCGCCACCUGCUACGCCACACCAGCAAAUACGACCAGUUUGACAUGACCUUUGUAGAAGUGCACCGUGUGCGGCGCUUCCACUUCACCCCGCGCUACUGCCAGAGUGACUCCGAGUUGGACCUGAGGGAGAAUGGCAAGAGGCUCUUCAGCCAGAUCUGCCGAGACCACCCGGCCUGCAGCUGUAGCCCUGCCUACAGCAGCUGGAACUGUGAUGGCGAGAUCCUCCCUCAUGCUGCCAUUGAAGUCGGAGUGCACUGCCAGUUGAUCAAGCUGUUUGCGCGAGGGAUCGAAGAGCAGCCUGUGUUUGAGGACCUUCCCAACCCGUGUGUAGUAUAGAUCCCCCCCCACUGCUGCCCUACCCUAUCAAAGUCACUGGAACAGUUCUACUGCAUUUCAAAGGCUACUGCUGUCAUAUCCUUACCCCUGUGCCCUACCUUUUUCUGAUGUGCUUUGAGGUCUUUCAGACAUCUGUUUUCUGGGGCCAUUUUUGUUUGUCUGCCACAUUUUAGAGGACACAAGUUCACAGGUCAAAGAGUACUGUUGAUGGUACACUUACAGAGAGGUUCACUAUCCACAUCCACUAUACUGAAGAAGAAAUCAUGAAAAUACUAAAGCGGUAUUGAAUGUAGCUCUUUUCCGCUCUCCUUUUUCAAUCGAGCGAUGUUAACCUAGCAAUUAACAAUUAACAUGCUGUUCAACUCCUCUUUGCACGUUUUACAAUGUAUGCUGCUCCAAAUUAUGAAUAACUGUUACGUUUAGUUUAUUUAUUCAUUUAGAGAAAACAUUUAAUUAGAGGAUGUUUGAAUUUUGCUAGCUGCUUGCACUUUUGUUUCAAAUAGGCCGAAUGCGCUUUGACCUUAUAAGCAAUGCCUUGUUAGAAGUUAUUUUACAGCAUGAAUUUGUAUUGUAUUAAUGAUCGGAUAUUGGGUGAACCAGAACUCUCUCGGGCAGUGUUUCCCAACUCCAGUCCUCAAGUACCCCCAGCAGUACAUUUUUAUUGUGGUCCCGAACAAGCACAACUGAUCCUACUUGUCAACUAAUCAUCAAGCCCUUGACAAUUGAACCAGGGGCCUCAUUUAUCAACCCUGCAUACAUGUCUUACUUAGUUCUGAGGUACGUGGAGAUUCUAGAAUUUCUCCAACAAAUGUAUCAAACUGUCACACGCAACAUAUACAUACGCAUGUUGUGAUUGUUAAACCAUACUAUAUUUGUGGGCUUGUAAACGAGCACUAAAACCUGACUUGGAAAACACCUCCCAUUCACAUUUUAUGGUAACAAAAAUUCCCACAUUUGCUGUAUGAUUUGGAGAUUCUGGAGCUGGGCCAGGAUAGUUUCAAAAAGAAAUCGCAAUAGCAAAUUUGAUCACAAUUCUGUAGAUGUGCGUGAAGAAUGUUAUUUUUUAUAUAUAUAUUUUGCAGUGACCUAUGCCUCCUAUAGCGAGUGCCAAACACUGUCCACACGUACUGCACGAUCCAGUCAAACAAUUUAAAAGUAAAUGCUACAGCCCACACUUCUAUGUAAGAUACUAAUUGUUGUUGAAUAUUUUGUUUAUCAAUAGAAGAUAGAAACACAAUCUCCUGCCUUGGUAUAGGUUCUGAGAUGAAUAAGCUAUUGUGUCUCGCUCCUGUCACAAAGCAAUACUGUGGCCUACCCAUACUGUCAUAUAGGCUACCGGUCUAUUUACUUUUGAAUGAGUGAUGGAUAAGUGGUAGCCUAAUAUUUGUUGCGUAGCGGGAAUAAAGCAGUCGUCAGAAAAGGAACGAUGUCCUGCAAUAUGAUUUAGGUGUAUAUAAUGAAAGUUAAAUUAAAUAUAUUAGGCAACAUGCUGCUACGCGAUCUUCAUACCAACGGCAAAUGCAUCCGUGUUAUCAUUAGACCAACAUUUUGUUUUUGUUCGCCUAACAUUCGUAGAAUUCCUGUGCAUCAAACACCUCAAUUUCCCCCAAAAUAACAAUAUUUGCUUGCAAUACCACUAGAAGUUGCAUGGUUUGAGAUUUGUGUGGAGCUAUGCACGCUUUUCCAUCAAGUUCAAAAUUGUGUGCUGUUGGGGGUACUUCAGGACAGGAGUUGGGAAACACUGCUCUAGGGGUACCAGAUACCAGCCAGACUCUUACCUUUAAAGGAGAAGUUAGAUCAUUAUUUUUUACAAACAAAUCUGUAUUUCGAAUGUAAAUGGUAUGUUAUAGAAGGGUCCAGACCCUUUUUUUUUUUUUUGCGAUUUCAUGUGUUUGUGAGACCCCAAACAGUGAUUCACUUCCUCAUCCUCGUUGUGCAAUACGGGUGCUCUGGAAAAAAAACACGAGUAAAUGCUCCAAAUACGUAGUCUUUUAAACGACAAUGCUCUCCGUAUAGUAAUGCAGGUCUUUAGAUAUUGUACACAUGUAAUUGUCAUUCCGAAACUUUUCCGCAACGUUAUAAUCAGUUGGCUUCUAGGUACCCUCAUUAAGGCCAUAAGUCACUAAAGCAGGUCUUAGUAACUGGUAUCUGGGCCUUUGAGCCAUAAAAUUGGCUAAUGGUGUCCUUAAGAGAUUAAGAUGUUUCAAAUGUGUUGUCUAAUCAACCCCUCCUCUGGUGGUAGAUUUUCUGCAAAUCUCUUAGAUGAACGUGUCUGUCUCCCCUCUAUCCAUAUGUCUGUCUAAUAAAUCUUUAAAAAUAGAAGUUGUUCACGUCAUCUUUUCCAUACAGCAUUUCUUCACACCUUGAACAGUUUUAAAUUCUAAAGACCUCACUAUACUGGGAGCUUUCCGGUUUAUUUGGGUGUUUUUUGAGCAUUUUUGGAGCUUUCUCAGAGCUCCUGUACUGCACAACAAGGAUGAGGAAGUGAAUCGUUGGUUGGGGUAAAAAAUAGAGACAUAAAAAACUACAAUGUCCUUUAAUGUGACAUUGAAACAAACCAUCACCAAAUCUAAUGGUACACAAAAUGUCCAGACUGGCAAGAUUCGCAUGGGAUGCUGAAAAAUCAACAAUGUAGCUCGUCAACACAGUGUAUGUGCUAAAACGUGUGACUUGUUACCAUAGAAAUAGUGGCUUUAGGCACAUUUUACCAAGCUAUCUCUGCUAUUUGUGGCAUUGUCAUUCCAGGUUUAGAUUCCUUGAUAUCUGAGGUAUAGCAGUUAAAAUGAAAUUCCACCCAAAAACGAUCUUUUGACAUUUGUUUCAUUAGUCCAUUGAUUGAUAUUGUCUCAAUGUUUUCCAUGUCAGCAAUCAAGUUUUCAAGAUGUAUAACUUUCAAAAUACAGAAAUACAGCUGAUAUGAUGCAUUUUGCAUCAUACGGCUGUAUUUCUGUAUUUUGAAAGUUAAGAUAUCUAACUUGAUUGCUGACAUGGAAAACAUUUUGGGACUAUAUCAAACAAUGUACUAAUGAGGCAAAUACUAAAAGAUUGUUUUUGAGUGGAGUUUCCCAAAAAGGAUUCUGGUUCGAAUCCCCAACUAGUUUUUUUUUUCCAUGAGCAAGGAACCAUAAUUCCCCCUGUAAGUCGCUCUGGAUAAGAGCUAAAAUUACUUUUUUUUUUUUAGCUGUCUGAAAACGGUGUUUGGUGCCCUGCAUAUCAUAUUAUCCCGUGCUGCACAUACUAUGCUGGGUGUCACUGCCCUCCGCACUGUCACGCUGGUCUUGCUGCUGCAGACUAGGACAAUUGUAGCAGUUGCUGAACAUGAAUGUGCUGUGACAACAGUGACUAGCAAACACCACAAGGCUGUUUCCCCCAUCUGACCAAAAUACGAGUCUCUACUGUAUGCUACGGUGACGUAGCUUGGUUUAGACUCAUUGUGCAGUGAUUUUUACUUUGGCAUCCUCCUUGGCAGAAUUACAGAAUUACGCUGAUUCAUCAUCCCCUGUGACAUCCACCAGCACUAGGCACCCAUUCAGUUUGGUUCACUUCCAGGCCCAUUAGAAACUCUGUAUCAGCGGGGCCACUCUUAAUGCUGCAUUCUUAAUCUUAGAGGUGCCCCACUCAUUUAUGUCGACCCACUUUACAUUAUAGGAGUGCUGACUGUAGCAGAGUGUGGCUCCCCUAUGGAGGGGAGAGCAGUGUGCGUGUGUCUGAGAGGCCAUUACUCCACUAGAAAUUGUGGGGCCCUAGUCGUCAUCCCUAAGGAGUGUGUGUGUGGUGUCAAUACAGCGCUGUGGGAAGUGCAGUGUAAACGCAGCCACAACAUGGCAGAGGCGGCUUCAUGAGGCUCAGCACUGCGUAGCACCAAUCAACUCUGUCUUGUAAGGGUUCUCAGUGCAUGAGUAAUGACACCACACACACACAGCACACUCGUUAGGUUACAACUGAUAUCCUGAUUAAUUGGUAUGUUUUUACCAAUAAAACCCUAAACAAGCGCACAACAGAAACCCCCUCUGUGAUCUUGCAGGUUUCAAGAUGUUACAGAUAUGUAAACUCAGCAAAAAAAGAAGCUAUUUUCAAACUUAACAUGUGUAAAUAUUUGUAUGAACAUACGAUUCAACAACUGAGACAUAAACUGAACAAGUUCCACAGACAUGGAGUAAUGUGUCCCUGAACAAAGGGGUGGUAAAAAUAUAAAGUAACAGUCAGUAUCUGGUGUCGCCACCAGCUGCAUUAAGUACUGCAGUGCAUCUCCUCCUCAUGGACUGCACCAGAUAUACCAGUUCUUGCUGUGAGAUGUUACCCCACUCUUCCACCAAGGCACCUGCAAGUUCCAGGACAUUUCUGGGGGAAUGGCCCUAGCCCUCACCCUCCGAUCCAACAGGUCCCAGAUGUGCUCAAUGGGAUUGAGAUCCGGGCUCUUCGCUGGCCAUGGCAGAACAUUGACAUUCCUGUCUUGCAGGAAAUCACACACAGAACGAGCAGUAUGGCUGGUGGCAUUGUCAUGCUGGAGGGUCAUGACAGAAGGAGCCUGCAGGAAGGGUACCACAUGAGGGAGGAGGAUGUCUCCCCUGUAACGCACAGCAUUGAGAUUGCCUGCAAUGACAACAAGCUCAGUUCGAUGAUGCUGUGACACCGCCCCAGACCAUGGACCCUCCACCUCCAAAUCGAUCCCACUUCAGAGUACAGGCCUCGGUGUAACGCUCAUUCCUUUGACGAUAAACAUGAAUCUGACCAUCACCCCUGGUGAGACAAAACCACGACUUGUCAGUGAAGAGCACCUUUUGGCAGUCCUGUCUGGUCCAGCAACAGUGGGUUUGUGCCCAUAGGUGACUUUGUUGCCGGUGAUGUCUGGUGAGGACCUGCCUUACAACAGGCCUACAAGCCCUCAAUCCAGCCUCUCUCAGCCUAUUGCGGACAGUCUGAGCACUGAUGGAGCGAUUGUGCGUUCCUGGUGUAACUUGGGCAGGUGUUGUUGCCAUCUUGUACCAGUCCCGCAGGUGUGAUGUUUGGAUGUACCGAUCCUGUGCAGAUGUUGUUAUACGUGGUCUAGCACUGCGAGGACGAUCAGCUGUCCGUCCUGUCUCCCUGUAGCGCUGUCUUAGGCGUCUCACAGUGCAGACAUUGCAAUUUAUUGCCCUGGCCACAUCUGCAGUCCUCAUGCCUCCUUGCAGCAUGCCUAAGGCACAUUCACGCAGAUGAGCAGGGACCGUGGGCAUCUUUAUUUUGGUGUUUUUCAUAGUCAGUAGAAAUGCCUCUUUAGUGUCCUAAGUUUUCAUAACUAUGACCUUAAUUGCCUACCGUCUGUAAGAUGUUAGUGUCUUAACGACCGUUCCAUAAGUACAUGUUCAUUAAUUGUUUAUGGUUCAUUGAACAAGCAUGGGAAACAGAGUUUAAACCCUUUACAAUGAAGAUCUGUGAAGUUAUUUGGAUUUUUACAAAUGAUAUUUGAAAGACAGGGUCCUGAAAAAGGGAUGUUUCUUUUUUUGCUGAGUAUAUGAAGAAUGAUGUGGAAGUCUGUCUAUUUUGGUUGAAAGUGGAACAUUCUAAGAAAUGACUACAUAAAGAGUAUUUAAACCUCUGAAUAA